UCAACACGUGGCCGCGCUGCGCAUGCGCAGUGAGAAGGGCACGGUGAGGCGUCCCAGGUUUCGGUUUAGACGUUUCGCUCACGUUUAUCUCUAAAAUACUUUACUUUUAACAUCUCACUGUUAAGUCUCUCCUCGGUCUGAUGGCUCCGUGCAGCUGUAGCGAGCAGAUCCGUCGGCUCAGCCAGCAGGUUGCGGUGAUGAGGAAGGAGAUGAAGAACCUCAGGCAGCAUUUAGAGAGCGCUGUUCGGGCCCACAGAAAGCACAUGGCCUCCCUGCAGAGUGAGCUGGAGGCCUGUAGGCAGGGGAAACAUGAGAUGAAGAAGACAGCAGAAAAGGAUCCACAGCGAGGGGCAGAGUUCUCAUUAGAGAAAGGUCAUAUUCAGACUGUCCCCAUUGGCUACAUCAGUUCAUGCUUUUCCAAGAAGAACGGAACUCCCCGACAGCCUGCGGUCUGCAUGUCAUCCCGUGCUGCUCUGCAGAUCCAGCCGUCGGUCUUCAACAACCCUGACCACGCACUGGCUGGCCUGGAACACUACUCCCAUGUCUGGCUCAUUUUCCUCUUCCAUAAGAACGGCCACAUGAGCUACAAAGCCAAAGUGAAGCCUCCUCGGCUGAACGGUCAAAAAGUGGGCGUGUACUCCACCCGCAGCCCCCAUCGACCCAAUGCCAUCGGCCUCUCUCUUGCCAAGCUGGAGAGCAUCACAGGUGACACCCUCCACCUGUCUGGUGUGGACCUGAUUGCUGGGACUCCGGUGCUGGAUAUUAAACCCUACAUCCCGGACUAUGACUCUCCGUCAGCGCAAACAAACAUGAGUGUUCAGUAUGAGACGACAGAAGACGCUGGGGACUCAGAGCCUGAGGGGCUGCAGUGCUUGGGGGAUUCAUCAUCAGAGCUUGACCCAAAAAUGAGGUUUUCUGCUUCGGGCGGUCUGUCAGAGCAUUCUGGCAGUGUCUUUAGCGAAGUGCUGGCGGAGGUGAGAGAUUACCUCCAGCAGGGGGCGCUGUGUGUCGAGACUUUGGCUGAUAGGAGGCCCAGCGAACCUGAACCUGAACCUGAGAGCCAAAGGGCUUCAAGGCUGUGUUACGGAGCAGAUUCCUACAGCAGCGUUGCUGCCUGGAUUAGAAAUCCCCCAGCGGCUGAGCUGAGCGUCAGAUUCACACCAACUGCUGAGGAAGAGCUCAGAGAGUUUCAGCCUCCGGAGAGCACAGACGCAGGAAGGCCAAAGUUCCAGUUCCUGAAAGGCCCAGAUGAGGCCGCGGCGGCUGUUCGGGGGAUAUUAUCGGCUGAUCCCCGGUCGGUGUACCGGCGAACACGCUGCAGUGAUCGUCUGUUCUACUUCUCUCUGGACACAGCCGACGUCACCUGCUGGUUUGGAGACGGAUUUGCGGAGGUGCUGCGUGUCCGGCCCGUCCAAACGCAGGAGUGUCUGAGUUAGUACUGCUAGAUUAGUACUACUGACUUCUGUAUUAAAGUGAUAGUUUGGAAAAAAAAUGAAAAUAUUUACACAACACUCCAAAAAAAGUUCGUCGGCCUAGUCCGAAGUUUCGUACAGGAGCGAUGAAGCUGCUGCUGAUUAAUUGUUUUCAUGUUCACCGAUUAUCAUCGAUACAAACUUUGUGCCUAAAUCAUCACACAACCGCAAAACCGUGCUGAGUUGCUGAGUAAUCUCAAAUAAACUUGCUUAUGUGAUUUUAGACACUGUAUGAAAUACCGUCACGUGGAAAACAAGGAUGAAAGUAAAUGAGCCUGGCCAGCAGUAGCAGCAGUAAUCUUGAAGCCUAGAUUUUGUCCGUACUUCUGUCCUUUUUUUAAACAGGAUGACCAGCUACAUUUGAGGGUGAAGUGAAUGUCAUUUCUUUGUCAGUUCAUCUCUUUAAAACCGAGUGCAGUUGUGCCUUUACAAGGUGUGAGUUGCAUUCACACUGUUCUUUUAAAUCCAGUGGAUAAGUAAUGUUUAAGCAUAGUACAGUAACGUUCUGUAACCGUUUCGUGCAACAGACCAGCUUUUCUUUUCUGAUGUUUCAGUAAACAAUAAAGAUGAAAUGGUGGAGGAAUGAGAUUCUUCAUAUCGUUAUGCAAAUUGUUAAUUGUUGUUAAAGCUUUGUGUGACAUUUUGAAUAAAAGUUCUGAGACUGA